GAGAGAGGGAAAAAAAACGAAGUGAGGUCAUGCAUCAAGGCAUUUGCCGUCUCGGCCAGCAGAGGAUGUGAGCGAUCAGCAGACUUUUGUUCUGCAGUGCAGAGACUGGGCUACGGCUGGUAUUGUUCCUAAUCCCAAAAAUAAUAAAUUCCGAAAGAAUGGGAUCACAUGACGGGCUCGACCGGUUUUCCAGAAGGUUCGGCGGGUGGGUGUCGUUGCGUAUAUAAAUACCGCAGCCGGCUGCUGGCCUUCAAGCUGUGCCUGGACGGGGAGAGCCACCCAGCUGAGAGGGCUAACGGGAAGGAUGGACAUUGCAAUCCAGCAUCCAUGGUUCCGGCGCUCCUUCCUCCCGUCUUCCCUCUUCCCCUCCCGCCUCUUCGACCAGAACUUUGGGGAGCUCAUCGACCCCGAGCCCUUCCAGAGCUUCGCCUCCUUCGUGAACCCCUUCUACUGGAGAACAGCCGGUCUCCUGUCCAGAAUACCAAGCUGGCUGCAGUCCGGACUGUCAGAGCUGAACCUGGACAAGGAUAAGUUUGAGAUCCACCUCGACGUCAAACACUUCACUCCUGAAGAAAUCCGAGUCAAGGUCCUGGGUGACUUUAUUGAAGUCCAAGCCCAACAUGAAGAGCGCCAGGACGAACACGGCUACAUUUCGCGGGAGUUUCACCGCAAGUACAGGAUCCCGGCCGGAGUGGACCCAGCUAUGAUCACCUCCUCCCUGUCUGUGGACGGGGUGCUGACCAUCACCGGGCCCAGGAAGCUGGCCGACGUCCCAGAGCGAUCGGUGCCCGUCUACCGAGAGGACAAGCCCGCCGCGUCGGAGAAGUAGAUCCCAGGGGUCCUUCUUCCAUUGAGUUGGGCGUGAAAGUGGCUUCGAACCACGGAAGCUCUCCCCGGCGCUUUUACCACGCUGUGUAAUCACACACCCCCUUCGUAUCUGUUAGAUUGCAAUAAACCAUCUCUCUGCUCUGCCUUGAAUGAUCUCAUAAAAUAAAAUCACCAAU